GAUAAUGACGUCACUGUGCUACGUGGAAAAGGAAGCAGCGAGCAAGCUAAUGCUAGCAUUGCUACAAGUUGAGAGCGACCAAAACAAACGAUGACAACCAAGGAAAGUAGCCGUGAAAUUUGGGAUUAAACGUGAGAAUGGUCUGAAUUUGCGAUGGUCGCAGAGUUCUGGGGAUAACUGUAUUCCUGCAUGACUGGCCUUUGGCGUGAAAGCGAUUUUGAGGGCCAGCUUGUCAGUUUUCGAUCUGAAACUAUCGGGCAUUGGUGCUGUCCAUAUACACCAGAGGUAUGCGUUGCUAACUAGCUGUUUGGUAACUUGCUGUCAUCAAAGCUUGGAGUGGACAGACCGUUUUUUGACAGUGCAGAUUAUUCCCACCCGGUCGGCGUUGCUUAUAUAUCUGUAUAAAAAAUGGAAAAACGGAAAAAAUAAACGUAUUCUUCUGCUGACGCUGAAUUCGCUCUAACAUCCGUGUUACAAAUCCUGAACUUGGAGUUUGCUUGCUGUCUUGCUUUAUAAGCAAAAUGAGUUGGUUCAACACAUCUCACCUGUCCAGCUUCGCUAAACAAGCUUUAACAUCAGCUCAGAAGUCAAUCGACCGAGUCCUGGACAUCAAAGAGGAGGACCAGUGGGGUGGUACAACUGUAAUGCCCCACGACGCAGAUGUCACAUUACCUGGAAAGCUUUCAUUAAGUGCAGGCUGGGGGCUGACACAGUGGGAAGCACCCGCCGAGGAAAAGACCAUCACACCACCCCCUUCAUCGGAAGCCAUCACUACUCCCGUCACUCGUACUGUUGUGGAUGAAUCCGAAAAUUUUUUCAGUGCCUUUUUGUCACCUGGAGAUUCACAGGCUGUCACCAAAACUCAGGUUGUGUCUGUACCUCCUACUAAGUCUCAAAGGCGGCCUCAAGAGAAAGAAAAGCAAAGCAAAGAGGCUGUUGUCCAAAAAGAUGUGGAGAGUCAAAUGUCAAUCGUGGUUGAGGGACCUCAAUGUGGACCUGCUGAUAAGGUCCAUGAGAGUCAGAAAGCUGCUGAGAUCCAGGUGGUGGAGAUCAAGCCCUCACCAGCAGAUACUGUCCUCCUGCAGCCAGUUUCUCCUGUUUCCUCUUCCAGUGAUCUUCCUUGUGACUCUGACAGUAAAGCAAGCAGUGUGAAAACAGAUGCUGACUCAGUACUUUCUGUUGACUCAAAAUCAGAGCAGUCACACACUUCAGUAGAACAACCAGGGAAGGAUACCACAGAUUCCCCUCAACCUAAGAGUGCUGCCCCUUCUGAUCUGUCACCUCCCGUAUCCACUAAGGAAGUACUCCUAGAGCAUAAAGACUCAAAGACAGAGGAUCGUCAGAAUGAUACACCCUCUCCUCCAGUUAGUGCUUUCUCCUCAGGAACCUCAACCACCAGUGACAUUGAAGUGCUUGACCAUGAGAGUGUGUUGAGCGAGAGCUCAGCCAGCUCUAGACAAGAAACCGGUGAAGGAAAGACUGGCCUUCACCUAAUGCAGGGCUCCUUCCAGCUUCUCACUGCCUCCACAUGUGGAGAUUUUCCUCGACUUGAAGACUACCCAAAACUCACGGAGAGCUGCGGUUCCUCCUCAGAUGCAUUUGAGCGUAUUGAUUCCUUUAGCGUGCAGUCACUGGAUAGCCGGAGCGUCAGUGAGGUCAACUCAGAUGACGAAAUCCCUGGCAGUCGGACUCUAGCAUCAGUCACUGCGGGUCCUGCCCCUUUAACAGUGCAACAAGCUGAAUGUCAGAAGCAGGAAGGUGGAGAGGCAGCAAAGGAAGAUGAAAAGGAAGAAGAUAAAGAGGAGGGAUUCACUGAAACAAUGCGGGAGCAGUCGCUGGAUGAGAUGGAGGAAAGCGGACGAAGUGCGACACCUGUGAAUAGCGAGCAGCCCGAAGACUUGACAGAGCAGGAGGCUAAUCUCACACUGUCUGAUGCCACCGCUGCAGCUGAAGAACAGAUCACUCCACCAAUCACUGUAGAAAUGAAAAGUGCCUCAACUGUCCAGAUACUGGAGCUUCAAAAGGUUAUUGAUGAACUAUCGGGGCGCCUUGAGAAGAGAGAGUCUCAGCUGCUGGCAGUUAGCAAAGACAAGGCCAGACUGGAGGAGGAGUGUGACAAUCUGAAAGAUGAAGUGAUAGGUCUGAAGGAGGAGAGCUCCACUGUUCAGUCCCUGAAGGAAGAGUUCACCCAGCGUAUAGCAGAGGCAGAAAGGAAGGCUCAGCUGGCCUGCAAAGAGAGAGACAUAGCUAAGAAGGAGAUAAAGGGUUUGCGAGAGGAGCUUUCCACAAGACUAAACGCCAGUGAUACAAUGGAGAUCAUCAAGGAGAAGGAGGAGCAGAUCAGAGGUCUGCUGGAAGAGGGUGAAAAGCUGUCCAAACAGCAGCUACAGCACAGCAACAUCAUCAAGAAACUGCGUGUGAAGGAGAAGGAGAGUGACACAAAGAUCAUCAAACAACAAAAGAAAAUCAAGGAUCAAGAGGAAGAGCUGAGACAGCUCCAGCAGGUUCUAGAUGGAAAGGAGGAGGUGGAGAAACAGCACAGAGAGAACAUCAAGAAGCUGAAUGGUGUGGUGGAGCGCCAGGAGAAGGAGCUGAGCAGGCUGCAGUCAGACACUGAGGAGCUGCAGGAGAAAAACAGGAGCCUCGAGGCUGCUCUGGACAACUCUUAUAAGGAGCUAGCAGAACUACACAAGGUAAAUGCCAGCAGAGCCAGUGAGGCUGAAGAGGUGGCUCUGAGCAGGGAGACGCAGGCUAGAGAACAGCUGAGUCUGGCUCUGGAGAAGGCUCAGGAGGAGGCCAAGAUACAACAGGAAGCCCUAGCAAACCAGGUGGCUGACCUGAGGCUGGCACUGCAGAGAGCAGAGCAACAGCAGGCCAGGAAAGAAGAUUAUUUGAGAGAGGAGAUCAGUGAACUUCAACAGAGACUUCAGGAUGCAGAAACUAGGAACCAGGAGCUCAGCCAGAGCGUUACCUCUGCCACGCGACCUUUACUGCGACAAAUUGAGAACCUACAGGCCUCACUGGGUGGUCAAACGGCCUCGUGGGAAAAACUUGAGAAGAAUAUCUCUGACAGGCUUGCGGAUGCCCAGGCGCAGCUAGCCAUUGCUGUGGAGAAAGAGCGAUCAGCAACAGAAGACCUGUUGUCCAUUAAGUCCCAGUUAGCCUCUCUGGAAUCCCAGAAUUCCUUGCUUCGGCAGGAGAAAGCCAGGCUUCUGGCACAGCUGGAUGCUGAGAAAAACAAGAGGGAGAAAUUGGAAGAUGAGAGCAGCAGGGAUCAUGUUGAAUUGGAAAACCUGCGAGGAGAACACAAUCGAAUGUUAGAGGAAACAAAGAAAGAAAAGUUACUGCUGACUAAUCAGUUAGAGAUGGAGAAGAUGAAGGUAGAGCAAGAAAAGAAGAAAUGCUAUUUGGCACAGGAAGCACUCAAGGAAAAGGAGCGAAAGGCCACGGCACAAUCAGCUGGAGAGGCCCCAGCAUCAUCUACACCCUCCCUGUCUCGCUCCAGCUCGAUGAGUGGGGCAGACAAUGGGCUGCACACCUCUGUUCUUUCACAGGAUGACUCUUUAGACCAUUCGCUGGGCACUAUGACUAUGUCCGUGUCGAUGAGUGGGACCAACCUGUAUGAGGCGGCCAGACUGUCUGGAGGCUCCAGCAUCAUAGAAAACCUCCAGUCUCAACUCAAACUGAGAGAAGGAGAGAUAGCACAGCUGCAGCUUGAGAUCGCUAAUCUGGAGAGGAGACGAUCUGUGAUGGCACAGGAGCUGGUUCGACUCACAAAUCAAAACGAUGAGAUGGAGGAGAAGGUGAAAGAGAUCCCCAAGUUGAAAGUUCAGCUGAAGGAUCUGGAGCAGAGGCAUAACACCAUUCUGCAGAUGUAUGGAGAAAAGGCUGAAGAAGCAGAGGAACUGAGACUGGACCUUGAAGAUGUAAAGAAUAUGUACAAAACCCAAAUCGACGAAUUGCUGAAGAACCAGAAAUAAACCAGUUUCCUUUAUGUGUUAUUUUGGGGCACGAAUCAGCUGACAAUAUUAACAAUAAAUGCAUUCACAAGAAACAAUUAGGCAGAACUUUUAAGUUGAAUCACUGUGUAAGAAGGAAAUUCAUUCAUAUUUAUGUUAUUUUGUUUUAAUUGAUUAUCAUAUACUUUAUUUAAGUGUCAAUAUUGGAAUUGUGCAAAGCAUACAAUGAAUACAGAAUCAGUAUGUGAAGAAUUGUCGACGUUGACUUGACUCGUCCAUCUGGAUCUUAGGGAGUUUGCUUUCAAAAUUUCUUGUGAUUGAACCUUUGACAUAGUAUUGUAUAGUUUAAAUUGUAUGAGCUGGUGAAGGUUUUUGCACUAUAUGAAUUCAUCCCACAUUUCUUCAUAAUCAGAAGGGUUUAAGAUAUAUAUAAAAUGCAUUGUACAGAGAAAUUUAUGUAUUGUUCUUAACACCUUACAGAUCACAAAGUGUGGUGUAGGCCUGAGUAGUCUUUGAGUGAAAUCCUGAAGAUUGGAUUUCAAACUUUAUACAUAUGUAAAUUAAUAUACAUUUAUUAGGGUAGUAAAAAGUAAGUUGGUUCUUUAUUUAAAUUGUUAAAUCACACAUUAGAAGAUCGAAUUUUCAUCGCAUUCAAACAAAACACUACAUCUCAGUGCAACACAACAAUAAAUCUGUUCUGAACAAUUAUAUGUGUCUCUCUCACUUUUUGGAAAGACUAAAACUUAAAAAAAUGACUGAUACAAAUUACUAAUGCCAUAUUGUAACACCUAGAAUGUGAGAUGAUAUUCUGAAACUGAGUGGUCUUAGUUAC